AUGGAUGUCCCACAAAUGAAAUGGGAGGCCAAGGUAUCCACUUUGUUGGAACAAGUGAGGCCUGACCAAGUAUGGCCUUUGCUGGAGGAUUUCUUUGGCCUUAACAAAUGGUUUCCUGGUCUCCCCACAUGUCACGGCUUGCAGGGUGUCAAUGGUGUGCCGGGAUGCAUUCGCUACUGCUCAGGAUUCGGCAUUAAACGAAAGGGCGACGAAGAAAUCAAGUGGUCGAAGGAAAGAUUGGUGUCGAUCGAUCGUAAGGAGAUGACCUUCACUUAUGACAUGGUGGAUAGUAACAUAGGAUUUCAGUCGUACGUUUCGACUCUAAAGGUUUUUCGGGAUGGCACCGUGGUUUGGUGGAUUAGCCUCGAUCCGGUGGACGGCUGGCAAUUGCCAGAUUUGGUGGGCAAGUAUGAGAACGGGCUUAAGGGCAUGGUGAAAAAUAUGGAAGCUGCAAUUUGUAAUAAUGGUUAG